CUGUUUUUAGUUUGCUCUCCAAAAUUAAUAAUCUCUCUCUCUCUCUCUCUCUUCCCAUCCCAUCGCAAUCUCCAUCUCCAUCUUCACCUCCAUCUCUGUCUCUUCUUGUAUAAAGAUAAUCCCACAAGACUAAAAACUAUUCUCUUCUCUUACUUUCUCUCUCUCUCUCUCUCUCUCUCUCUCUCUCUCUCUCUUUCUCACUCUUCACCAUGACUGAUCCUUAUUCCAAUUUCUUCACAGAUUGGUUCAAGUCCAAUCCUUUUCACCAUUACCCUAAUUCCUCUAGUAACCCUUCUCCUCCUCCUCCUCCCUCUUCCUUCUUCUUCUUUCCUCACUCCGGCGACCUCCGCCGUCCACCGCCACCACUAACUCCUCCUCCUUCUCCUCCUCUCCGUGAAGCGCUCCCUCUCCUUAGCCUCAGCCCCGCCAACAAACAACAAGACCACCAUGACCAUAACCAUCUAAAUCAAGAACCACCUUCAACCUCCAUGGAUGUUGACUACGAUCAUCAUCACCGUCAAGAUGAUCAUACUCUCGAUGACGAUGACCAUGACGUCACCGUUGCUCUUCACAUAGGCCUUCCAAGCCCUAGUGCUCAAGAGAUGGCCUCUUUGCUCAUGAUGUCUUCUUCCUCCUCUUCCUCGAGGACCGCUCAUCAUCAUGAGGACAUGAACCACAAGAAAGAUCUGGACAACGACUACCCUCACGGAGCCGCCGGAGUAGGAGAGGAUGACGAUGAAGAUUCAGUCGGCGGCGACGGCGGAUGUAGAAUCAGCAGACUCAACAAGGGUCAGUAUUGGAUCCCUACACCUUCUCAGAUUCUCAUUGGCCCUACUCAGUUCUCAUGUCCUGUUUGCUUCAAAACCUUCAACAGAUACAACAACAUGCAGAUGCAUAUGUGGGGACAUGGAUCACAAUACAGAAAAGGACCUGAAUCUCUGAGGGGAACGCAGCCAACCGGAAUGCUGAGGCUUCCGUGCUAUUGUUGCGCACCGGGCUGUCGCAACAACAUUGACCAUCCAAGGGCAAAGCCUCUCAAAGACUUCAGAACACUUCAAACACAUUACAAGAGGAAACAUGGGAUCAAACCCUUCAUGUGUAGAAAAUGUGGAAAGGCUUUUGCGGUACGAGGGGACUGGAGAACACAUGAGAAGAAUUGCGGUAAGCUUUGGUAUUGUAUUUGUGGAUCUGAUUUCAAGCACAAGAGAUCUCUGAAAGAUCACAUCAAGGCUUUUGGAAAUGGCCAUGGAGCUUAUGGCAUUGAUGGGUUUGAUGAAGAAGAUGAGCCAGCCUCUGAGGUAGAACAAUUAGACAAUGAUCAUGAGUCAAUGCAGUCCAAAUAGCUUUUAUAAAUUAGUAUAAGUACUUAGUAAUUCGGUAUAUAUAUAUUAAUUAUAAGAAUACCUAAAUCUAUGGACCAAGUUUUGAUGGAGGUAGGGAUUUCUAAGUAAAAGCUAUAUCAUGUAAUUGAUCAUACAAAAAAACGAAUCAAGAUCACUUGGGAAUUUUUUUACAUUGUAUCUCUAGUUUGGUAGUUAAAUUUACUACAAGACAAUGUAGAACUUUAACUAAUGAGGUUGUCCACGAACAGUUUCUAUUUUUGUAUAUAAUUGUUGGCAUUAAUUUACUUUUCAUUUCGAAGGAAAAUAAGCCAUAAUCGUUUGAGUUAUAUUUGUUAGGAUAAAAAUACUAGUUAUAAAAGUAGAUGCGAUACAUUCAUGCAUGCAUUAUGCUAAGAAUUUUCUCUAAAUAUACUAUAUUCUAUAUCAUAAUGAAUAUUUGCAAAAUUUUAUUUGAGUAAUAAUAGAUUCUAGUUUUUUAUUCCC